AUGCCCCGCGGGAAGAGGGACCCCGUCCUGCUGUCCCACGCUGAACUGCCCAGCACUGACGGCGAGGGUUCCCGCAGCGGUGGGGACGGCCGGCGGUCCGCAUCGGAGGAGGAGGGCCACCUCCCCGGCCUCCCCUGUGACGACCUCACCAAGAGCAUGUCGGGCUCCUCCGUCUCCUCCUACCACUCUGCCCUGUGCUCGGAGGGGACAGAGACCUUCAAGGACUGCCUGGAGUUUCUGGACGAGGAGGGGACACCCCCCCCUCCGGCAGGGGCCCCUGGCAUCCCCCCACUGCCCGGCCCCCUCGCCCGCCCGCGGCAGGCUCAGCUGUCCAUUGCGGCUAAGAAUAGCCCGGCGCCGGGGCAGGGGGGCAGGAUGGGUCCCCUCGGCGGGGACCGGCUGCCUGCCACCACUGCCACCACCGCCAGCGGGGAGCUGGGUCUGCCCCGGCAGCCCGGGGGGAUGCUCAGCGGGGCGCCCAGCGAUUCCGACGAGGCAGAUGGUGAGGUGCGGGCACUGACAGCCAGGGCUUUCCGCAGCCUCUCCGGUCCCCCCGGCGCCCGCCUCGACAUGUGCAGCUCCCACACCUCCUCCAGCCUCUCCAACUCACUGUCAGAGGACGGCGGGCGGCCGCGGCGGUGGCCAGUGGCCGGCGGUGAGUCCCGGGGUGCAGUGCUGCUGGGCUUGCUGGGAAAGGAGCAGUUUGAGUGUGUGGAUGUGGAGCUGGAGAGCGGGGAGGCCAGGAAGGGCCACGGCAAGAAGAGGACCGUCCCUAAGCGCCAGAUCCUGCUGAAGAGGAAGGAGAGGAAGGAGGCAGGUUUCAGCCCCUGGGGUGACAGCCCAGCCCCCCAACCCCUGCCCCCUGCCAGGAAGGAGCCUCCCAGCAAGGGGAGGGCCAUUGGAGAGGACUUCAGGCUCAACUACAAGCAGUUCAUGAAGACUGCCUCCCUGGACACUGAUGCCGGCAAGACCAGGGCGGCCUCUUGCCUGGUGAAAAACGUCCUCGCCAAGAAAAUGCAGUACGAGCAGAGGAUCAAGAUGGAGCAGAAGGGGCUGCGGGGCAGCUCGACCUCCUCCGGGCCGUCCUCCGCUGGCACCGACCUGCUGGGGGAUGGCCUGGAGGGCAAGUCCAGCUCGCUUUCCCGCUCGGACUGCAGCUUCUCAGCCGAGGACCUGCGGGGCGGCGGGAUGCCGGUGGCCGUGGGGGCCACCACCACCACCCAUCCUACCAAGGGAGUGGUGCUGAGCGAGGCGACGAGGGAGAGCGUCUGCAAGCUGAAAACGACUUUCAAUGAACUCAACGAGAGGAUGAAGUACCAGGAGGUGUUGGAGGGCCACCGGCUGCCGAGCACCACCGAGGAACCGGCGACGGAAAGGAUCCGCUACCAGCGAGCGCGUGCCUUGUUUGAAGCCCAACCGGACGCGGGGAAGACGCUGGAUGUUGCCCCCAGAUUUGAGAGAGGGCCGAAGCCGUGGCCCAGCUUGAGGCAGCGAGCCAUCCGCCCUAGCCACCCCCAAACCUUUCCCUUCGAGAACGACAGCCUGGCACGUCCCGCCACGCCGCCCCGACGCCUCUUCACCUCUCGGGCGCGGGAGGUGAGGCUGGUGCCGCAGAGCCAGCAGGAGGAGAAGCCACCAGCAGUGCCCCGCCAGCCGCCCAACCCCGGCACCCUGGCCCGGGGGUCCCCUCCAGGCAGCCCCCCCAAGCUGAAAGAUAAUGGGAAGGGGCGCAUCCCCCAGCCCCGGGACGUGCGCAAGCUGGUGAAGAGCAGCUACAGCCUCUGCUUCGGGACUGCCGGCGCAGCCCACGGCACCACGGCACCGGCCAGCGGUGGGGAGCCGCCGCUGGCCGCUCCGCUCGUCAUCCACUGCACCUCGGUCCGCCGACGGGAGACGACAACUGAGCCAGGGGACAGGGAAGUGCUGGCAGCUGCUGGCCAAGAGCCAGCCCCGGCACACGCCGAGGUUGCCGCAAAGCUUGCCAGUGGCCAGCCUUCACCUGCCCAAGGCUCCCCCGUGCAAAUCACAAGGGUCCAGGCCACGCGGAAGGAGGUGGCUGCUUCAGAGGAGCCACCGGCAUCCCCUCCGCGCCGGGAGAGGAGCGAGCUCCGGGUGCCACCGCGGGCGCCAACAGCCGAGGGGGUGCCACAUGUGGAGUCCCAUCUCCAUGUCCUGGUGGGACGGCGGUCCCCGGCAGCAGCUGCGGAGGGCUCCCUGGCUCAGAGCAGCACCGUGCUGCGGACGGAGAAGACAGUUCUCCUCCCGCCACCACCACCAAGUCCCACGGAGGGAAAGGAUGGACAUGGCCACGGUGGCACCAGAGGGCUCUGUGCCACCGAGGGGCCCACGUCAACAGUGCAGCAGCAUGGCAACAGUGACGGUGAGGACCCCCGUGCUGGACCUCUCGCUGGCAGCAGCGUGAACCCACAGCCUGAGAAACUGUCGGAGAGAAGCGCACCAAAGCCACCCACAAGUGAGCAGGUGUCGGCGGGGAGGAGCAGCAGCUCUGCAGUCAGCACUGGUCCCACCACCCCAUUUCGAGCCGGGGAGGCCAGUGAAAGUCCCUCAGGCCGACUGCCGGAGCAGAGGGAGGCCUGGGAGUAUUUACCGAAGUGGCCGGUCGCCACUGAGCCAUACCUUCCUGCUUCCCUGACGGAGAACUCCAACUACUUAGCAAUUCCUGUGAAAGCCCCCAAAUCCUCUCCAAUGCCAAAGCUGCCCUCGGUCCCCAAUCCAGCCAGUGGGUCCUUUGGGACCCCCAUGGUUCCCAAGCUGGUCAGUGCAUCCUUUGGGACCCCCUUAAUCCCCAAUCCAGCCAGCACAUCCUUUGGGACCCCAUUGGUCCCCAACACAGCCAGCAGGUCCUUUGGAACCCCCGUGCUCCCCAACCCAGUCAGCGGGUCCUUUGGGACCCCCUUGGUCCCCGACCUGGCUAGUACAUCCUUUGGGACCCCUUUGGUCCCCACCCCGGCCAGCACAUCCUUUGGAACCCCCAUGGUCCCCAACCCAGUCAGCGCGUCCUUUGGGACCCCCUUGGUCGCCAACCUGGCUAGUACAUCCUUUGGGGCCCCCUUGGUCCCCAACCCAGCCAGUGGGUCCUUUGGGACCCCCUUGGUCCCCAACCUGGCUAGUACAUCCUUUGGGGCCCCCUUGGUCCCCAACCCGGCCAGCACAUCCUUUGGGGCCCCCUUGGUCCCCAACCCAGCCAGUGGGUCCUUUGGGACCCCCUUGGUCCCCAACCCGGCCAGCACAUCCUUUGGAACCCCCUUGGUCCCCAACCCGGCCAGCACAUCUUUUGGAACCCCCUCAGUCCCCAAGCCUGCCAGUGCUUCCUUUGGGACCCCCACGGUCCCCAAUGCAGCCAGCGCAUCCUUUGGGACCCCCUUCAUCCCUAAUCCAUCCAGCGUAUCCUUUGGGACCUCCUUGGUCCCCAAUCCAUCCAGCGCAUCCUUUGGGACACCCUUGGUCCCUAACCUGACCAACUCAUCACUUGGGAUCCCCUUGGUCCCCAACCCAGCCAGCUCAUCCUUUGGAUCCCCCUUGGUCACCAACCCCGUCCCCACUUCCCUUGGACACCCAUCAGCUUCCAACGUGGCCAGCUCAUCCUUUGGAUUCCCAUUGGCUCCCAACCCAGGUAGUGCUCCCCUGGGGACUGGCGUGUCCCCCACAGCCAGUGGGGAAGCACCCUGGAGCAAACCCAGCCCCGAGCACCCCCUGCUCCGACCCCCUGAGGGCCCGGCUGCUGCGGAGCACCCAGUGCCGCUGCCCCCAGCACCGCUGCCCCCAGCCCAGCCCCAGCCUCGCCUCGAGGACGCUCCCCAUUUCCUCAGGAGGACUGACGGUGCCUCGCCGAGCAGUAAGAGCACACCGAGCCCCACCAAGCCCUUUGCGCCCCACCAGCCCACGCACCGGAGGAUGCUCGUCGACCCCGGCAACGGGAAAUGCUACUACAUGGAGCCUCCACGGCAGCCCCAGCUGAAAACGCUCUACGACCCCGAGACAGGGCAGUACCUGGAGGUGCUCAUCCCACCGGUGGCAUCGCACGCCGGGCUCUACCAGGCUCCUUUCAACCCCCUGGUCAUGGCCCCAGGGGUCUACGCUCCACCCUAUGUGCCCUACGGCAGCUUCCCGGGGCUCCCAGCAGCCCCACCGCCUGCAGCCCCCUCCCCGGCACACCCCGACCUGCCGGCUGCCGAAAACCCCGUCUUCUCCGGGACCUUCAGCCCUGCUCCCAAGGGCGAGGGGCCACCCGCUGCCGGGGGUCCUGACUGCGGGUACCUGGAGAGCAUGUACUACAUCCCCACGGGGAUGCGGGCCAGCCCCAGUCCCGGCCAGCCCCCUGCCCGCACCAGCCCUGCCGGGCCCGAGAAGGAACCGCUGCUCCGGAUGUGACCGUCCUCAGCCGGGGACGUACCCCCAUGGCAUGUCCCUUCCCAAGCAGCUGGGCUUUAACCCCAAAGUCUGCGUCACCCCAGCACAGGAGAG